GGUUUAAAAAAAACCGACGCUAAAUGGAAUAUUCUUCAGAAUUUAAUGGCCACGUACAAUCUAAGAAGCCCAGCUGUGAAACGUCUCUUGCAAGAAGCUCGAGAAUUACAGCAAGAUAACUGUUGUGACUACACCGCGCAACCCCUUGAGGAUAAUCUUUUUGAAUGGCAUUUUGUGAUACGCGGUCCCGAUGGUACCGAAUUUGAAGGUGGAAGGUAUCAUGGACGCAUUAUUUUACCUUCAGAAUAUCCCUUCAAACCACCUAAUUUAAUGCUCUUGACUCCAAACGGUCGAUUUGAGUUAAAUAAAAAAAUUUGUUUAAGUAUUACUGGAUAUCACCCAGAAUACUGGCUUCCGGCAUGGGGAAUCCGCACCGUCCUUUUGGGUUUGAUUGGUUUCAUGACGACUAAAGCUAAUGGCGCAAUCGGUGGAAUUGAUUAUACCGAGGCAGAAAGAAAAUUAUUGGCACGAAAAUCGCAUAACUGGAUAUGUUCUACAUGUGGCAUAUCCAAUAUUGAUAUGUUACCAGAUGAUAAGGGUGAUACACAUCAAUCUUUACAUACCAACUCUGAGGACAGCUUAGAUAAUAAAGCAUCUAAAAAAAAUGAAAUAAUGCCACAAUUUUCUUUUGUAUAUGAUGAUGAACGGCGUGUGAACGAUAAAGAUAACAAGGAUUAUAUUUCAAAAGGCAAUAAUUCUGCCUCAUCUUCAACUUCCUUUAUCUCGGCACAAAACGCGGAUUCUGAAAGCACAACAAAUCAUUGUGAUACCAAAUCCAAUGAAUCAUCUAUGCCUGAGACCCAUCCCAUAGCUCGACAAUCAACUAUUGCACCUUCGCCAUCCAGAUCUGUAAUCAUUAUCGACGCAUUCAUCGCAGUUUUUGUUGCCAUGAUUAUUACUUUAUUGGUCAAGAAAUUCAUCAUCUCCAGCUCCAAGAUUUAG